UGGAGGAACCCCGAUUCUGUGACUGACAUUUUGAGGCAGUGUUCGUUUUCUGAUACGAAAAAAUAUCAAUAAUGAUCAAUAUUUCAUACGGUUUAUUAAUUGCGAUAUUAUUACAAUAAUAUUUCGCCCCAUAUUGUAUUAAAACCAUAAGAAUGUGUGAUGUUUGUUCGGAAUUUUCGCAGCUUUUGGUUAAUUGUGAAGCUAGACUAACGGACGAUGUAUCUCAGUACCCAACUAUAAGCCAAUCUGAACUAGAAACAGUGUUAAACUACAUUCUUUCAUGGCCUCAAAGGCAAUGUAUGUGCUGCUAUAGAGAUGUGAAAAAUUUUGAAAGGUUUUAUUUAGUAGUCCAAAGUAUACUGUGCUUAUCAGUGUGCCAACUCAAGCAGCUAAAAGAUGAACUAGCAGAAGCAGAAGAAUCCCCAUCAGAUGAAACAAAAGAGAAAGCAAAGCCACUUGAAGCUACUAUCCCUAAUGGAAAUAAAGAAAGUAAUGACAAACAUUCUGAUACUCCAACUGAGCCAGAGGAGUCAAGUGACACUGGCCAUCCAGAACAUGCAGAAGAUAAGAAGGAAAAACCAUCAACAUCCACUGAUGACACAGAAGUUUGGCCUAUGCAGCAGAAAGAGAAACUCAUGCACAUUGUCUCAAAGAUCUUUCUGCUCAAUUUUCCUCUCUACCUAGCAUGUAAACAUUCCACAAUUCCAAGUGGCUUAGAAGACUUAUCCGCCCAAGAAAUAUCAAACUUAAGUUCUUACUGUGACCUACAUGAUACUGAGAUCCCAGCAUAUCUCUUACGCAAUGUAAGCCUCUUUUGCAAGUUGGGUGGAGUGUUUGCCAUGACCUCUGUGUUUGAGCAAGCAACACCCAGCACUUUACCAUUAUCUAUGGCCCAUGCAAUAGUGGCAGCUGUCGGUAACUUGAAGCUCUGGCUGAACUUUAGAGCAGUGGCACAGUUGUUUAUGCCCUUAAGAAGUAAGAUAUUGCAGUACAUGUGCAGCUUGGAAGACAAGGAUCUUAGGGUACCUGCAGUUAAAUCUAUGGCUGAUUUCAUGUGGGGUGCAGCAAAAGAACCGUUAGAUGCUCCACUUACCUUCGACAGUGAUGGGCUUGCGCUGGCAUUCAAGUACUUCAACAGCAGCACAUUGACGAUGCGGCUUGCAGGCGUCGCACAGAUCAACGCUCAUAUCGCUGCUCACAACGAGCUGUGCGCAGGCGAACCCGCCGCUGAGGCUGAAGUAGCGGGCCAGAGGCUCGCUACUUGGUUGACUUAUAACAAUAUCAUCGAACAUCUUUUUGGGCCUAAUUUGCAUGUUGAGGUGAUAAAGCAGUCGCACAUGAUCCUGAAGUUCCUGGCGGUGGAGGGGCGCGUGACGCCGGAGCACGUGGAGCUGGUGUGGGCGGCGGCGCAGCUGAAGCACUGCGGUCGGCAGGUGUACGACCUGCUGCCGGGCUUCAUCCGGGCGCUGGCCCCCAAGCCCUGCGCGCACCUCUACAGCUUGCUGUGCGCGCUGCCGCCUAAGGAACACACUGAGCAGAGUCUAUACUUAGCAUCAGCGCUGAUGCGCGCGAUGUGGUCUCGCGGCAGCGGCGGCGCCGUAGCUCUGAGCACGCCGCCGCCGCUGGAGGACGCGGCGCUGCGCCAGCCGCAGCCGCCCUGCAAGACGCACCACAAUUCCUCCUCGGAGGCCAGCGUCAGCAUGGACCAGACCAACUCGGAUGAUGACCCGUGUGAGGAACUGAGCACAUCAGGCGAAGAGGCCGGACCCACGCCUCGAAAGCAAAGCAAACAUCAACGAGAGCUUACUGCUGAACAGGAGUGGUUGCGGGAGGGAGAGGAGCUCUCUAAGAAGGAAUGUGCAACGCUCAAGUCUUGCCAGAAACGCAGCAAGCGCGCAGGCAGCAGUGGCAGCGCCAGUAGCGGCGCGGAGGAGUUGCUGCGCCCGCGCAAGAAGAAGUUAUACAAGAAGCGGCACAAGCCGCCCAACGCCAGGCAUUUAUUAGCCGGGCAGCUGAAGGCGGCGGAGCUGGCCGAGUCUGUAUCUGAAGUGGAGGAGGAGUCCUCGGGCAGCGACACGCACUGUCAGAUCCUGUGCGACAACGUUGAUGCCGGCAGGCGUUUGAUCGAGCUGCGCCUGAUGGAGAGCUACAAGCGUCACCGGGUGGGCCUGGGAGUGUCUGCGGAGGAGGAGGAGGGCAGCGCCUGCUCAGCGAUGUCUCCGCACUCGCACCCGCACCUCGCCGACCUCGACGAGGACGACUCCGCCUGCGAGGAGCUGGCCAGCCUCGCCGCUCAGGCGCAAAGCCUGACAGAGUACCGUGCGCGUGCGCUGUCGGCGCGCCCGCCCUCCCCCGCGCCGCCCUGCGAGGACGUGUGCCGGCCCGGGGACACGCUGCUGUGGGACCUGCUGCAGGACGGCAACAUUGAACAAUUAGGGGAAGGCCUAGCACUCGAGGCAGAGAAGGCGCUGUGCGGUCUACUUUGCUUCAGCACUGACAAAUUCAUACGAAUCAAAUUCAUUGAAGGCUGCCUUGACAAUCUCGCUAAUCACAAAUCUGUCGCGGUGUCACUUCGGCUAUUGCCGAAACUAUUUUCGUCAUUUCAACAAUUACGUGGCAUGGAUAUGCAUCAGGUUGUAAUGUGGGCGGAGCGCGAACGCGGCAUGAUGCGUCUAUUCCUGGAAGACCUGCGACACUACAUGGCCAAGGCGGGGGCGACGGGCGGGGCGGGGGCGCCGGGGAUCAACUCCGACGCGGCUCACUACGCCCACAUCACAGAGUUGACUGUGCGACUGCACUUUCUUACGGCUAUCUUCUCGCCGGUCGGGUCGCCGCAACACUUCAGGCUAACGGUGGACCAAGUGGAAGAACUGUGGCAGUGUCUGGUGGUGAAGGGCGGCGGCGAGUGCGCCGACUGUUUGUAUUCGUGGCUGCUGUCUCACACGAAGUCCCCCGAGCAACAUGCGUUGGGAUUGGAUGCUCUCAGGUUCCUGUACGUUGAGAAGAUGCCCACUCUUGACCCAGAGACUAUAAGCAUAAUGGGCCUAAGCCUAUAUCAGCAGUUAUGCAAUCUAGCGCGAAUGGCACUCGGCGCGGGGGAUUCUCGCGACUCAGCCCACCCUCACACGCUCGCCAUGGACCAUUUGUGGAAGAUCGCAUUGCGGGCCAAUAAUACAGAUGUAUCAAUGGGCGCAAUACAGUACCUGAAUAGUUAUUACAUGGGACAGCAACUUCAACAAGAAGAUGAUUUCGUAUCAAAGUGCAUGUUCCAUCUCUCUUCUGCGGCCGAGCGCCUCAUAUCAAAGCAGGACGGAGAGAUUUCACCGGCACCGUGCGAAAAAGAGACGGACACGCCCGCUGAUAAACAGAACAUUUACGAGCACAUGACUGAAGAGGCAGCUUUGCAGUGUAUACAGAGGGCGCUACUGUUGCUGAAAACUCAUUUGGACACGUUCAAAAGGAGAUAUGCUUACCACUUACGUCGCUGGGCGUUGGCGGAGUCCGGAGCGUGGGAGGGUGUGUGCGGGGGCGGGGCGGGGACCGUGCGGCUCACUCUGCAGCCGGGGGCCGCCGGCCCACGGGCCUCGUUAACGUUGCAUCAUUCCGAUCUGGUGGCCCAUCUGCGGGCCCACGUUCAUGUCUGGUGGGAGAAACAGAUACAAGGCGAAGAAGCCGUGACGGCUCUAUCGACAGACGGCCCGCUGCGGAUGAUAACACAGGGACAGGAACUAACCAUAGACUACGAUGAGAAGACGCUCUAUGACAUGGGGUUCAAGGAUAAUCAGUUGGUGUUCGUGUCGGUGGGCGUGGGCGGGCGGGGCGCGUGGGCGGAGUGGCCGUCGGCGCAGCCGGCGCCGGCGCGCGCGCGGCUGCCCACGCUGCUGCUGCUGGACCCCACCUACUUCCACCAUCUAUUCACGCUCAUGCAGGCGCUCGGCCGCAUGAAGGAGCCCGGUUGUACUGGGGAGCCCAUAGCGCACAUGAAAGCGCAAUUACUGUCCAGACGGGUGUGGGACAUCCUCCAAGCAGUACCUCUUAACCCGACUCUCUUGGAAGCCUUUCAAAACCCCACCGAAAGCAAACUGCCCGAGCUACUCGAUCCCACCAGCCCUCAGAAGCUAAUGUAUUCGUUGCAUAUCAUUGACAAGCUGAGCUCACCUGGUAGUCCGAAUAUUAAAGAAACGUCAACCACAGACAAGAGCGAUGAAGAAAAGUUGUCAGUGGAAAAUUGGAACGAAUUGUUCAUAAAGAAGGGUGGAUUGAGGAUAUUGUACGAUAUCAUGAUGUCUGGCACCCUACAAAGAAGUGACGACGGUGAAUGGCGACAAGAUUGCCUGGCUUUACUUCUGCAGCUGUUAUGUAGAAUCGGCACUUUGCCCACCUCGGACCCUGCGCAGUCGCCUAAACUGCAUCCGUCAUUGCUCUCCCUGAUGACUGUGGAGGAGACGACCGAUAGGCUCAUAUCGAUUCUCUGCGAUGCGUCCACGACUAAAGAGCCCACCACUUACAAGACUGGAUUCUGGGGACGUGCACAGGUGGUGCAGCACGCGAUGCGGAUGUGCGUGUGGUGGGCGCGGGGCGGGGGGGACGCGGCGGCGCUGGCCUGGUCGCUGCGCAGGGCCGCGCCGCGGCUGCUGCUGGACGACGCCGACCCGGCGGUUCGUCGGGAAGCUGGCAGCGCUUUGUACCGCCUAUGUGCUGGUGGUCAAUGUGGCGUGGUGGCGCCACUGCUGCAGCUGCUGCUGUCGCAUCUGCCCCGCGCCGCGGACAUGACCCAGCACCACCACGAUAAGAUGCCUUAUCAGCAGAUAGUGCAUCAUCACGCCGAAGAAGGCAAGGAACCCUACGGACCCGCGUGCAGGGACUACUUCUGGCUCGUCUGCCGGCUCAUUGAUAGCCUGCCGGACGAUUUCUUCAAAGAAGGCGCAACUUCUGAAGACAGCGGCGCGCCAGAUCUAAACGAACUGUGCGAACAGAUCCGCGCAUCGCUCGAGAAACGAGAAAUUAUCGAACGGAGAACAGAACCUAGUAUCCCGGACGACGGUCUUUACGGACAACUAAGCUUACUGACACAUCUGUUAAAACAUCCGUUACGAUUCAAGACGUCAGAGCAAGGGACAAGGACUUUAGAAAUGGUGUUCGGUUUUCUCUUCGAUGUGCCGAACCCUGAGCAGAGGAAUCUGCCAAAAUGCAAGUCGCAAAAGUCGCGGGCGGCGGCGUAUGAUCUCCUGGUGGAGUUGGUUCGCGGGGCGCCUGAUAAUUAUAUGGUGCUACAUCAUAAACUCAUGGAGCACCAUAAACCGGUAAAUUCAUCAGGUCCGUCGACUUCCUACCCAUGGGACUACUGGCCGGCGGAGGAGUCUCGUUCGGAAUGCGGCUACGUGGGGUUGACGAACCUGGGCGCCACCUGCUACAUGGCGUCGUGUAUGCAGCACCUGUACAUGAUGCCGGCGGCGCGCGCGGCGGUGCUGGAGGCCGACGCCAGGGCCACCACGCACGCCUCCACGCUGCACGAGAUGCAGAGGAUGUUCACUUAUCUCAUGGAGAGCGAGCGCAAAGCGUACAACCCUCGCAGUUUCUGCAAAGUGUACCAAAUGGACCACCAGCCACUCAACACUGGAGAACAGAAAGACAUGGCCGAGUUCUUCAUAGACCUGGUGUCCAAACUGGAGGAAAUGACACCGGAGCUCAAGAAACUAGUCAAAACGCUGUUCUGUGGCGUACUCAGCAAUAACGUGGUAUCUCUGGACUGCCCUCACGUCUCCCGAACGCUAGAAGAGUUCUACACAGUGCGGUGUCAAGUGGCGGACAUGCGAAAUCUUCACCAGAGUCUGGAUGAAGUCACAGUUAAAGACACUUUAGAGGGAGACAACUGCUAUACUUGCUCGCAGUGUGCGGCUAAAGUACGAGCUGAGAAACGGGCGUGUUUCAAAAAGCUGCCACGUAUCCUGUGCUUCAACACGAUGCGGUACACGUUCAACAUGCUAACGAUGCUGAAAGAGAAAGUGAACACUCACUUCUCGUUCCCCAUGCGGCUCGACAUGUCCGGAUACGUCGAGAAACACCUCAUGCCUGCGCAGUAUCAAGAAGAAAAACGGAAGUCUGCAGAGUUGAAAAAUGGAGAAAGUAGUCCCAAUACGGACGCAGAGGACAAUUCAGAGUUUGAAGAGCACUACGACUACGAGCUGAUCGGCGUGACGGUGCACACGGGCACGGCGGACGGCGGCCACUACUACUCGUUCAUCAGGGACCGCGAACACGACCACCACGACCGCUGGCUGCUGUUCAACGACGCCGAGGUCAAGCCCUUCGACCCGGCGCACAUCGCCGCCGAGUGCUUCGGCGGGGAGAUGACGAGUAAAACCUACGACUCGGUGACGGAGAAGUUUAUGGAUUUUUCAUUUGAGAAGACCAACAGCGCAUACAUGUUGUUCUACGAGCUCUGUCCGCCGCGCGGGCCGCGGGGGGAGGAGUCGCCGCGGGGGGAGGCACAGUCUUCCCGGUCGGAGGAGUCGCCGACGUCGGUGCUGGAGCGGCGCGGGUCGGACGCGGCGCCGCAGCCGCCGCCGGAGCUGCUCAAGUGGAUCUGGGACGACAACAUGCAGUUCCUGCACGACAAGAACAUCUUCCAGCAUGCGUAUUUCACUUUCAUGGGUCAAAUGUGCAGCUCAGUGCCACAGUCGCUCCUCACGUUGCGACCCGAGAUCACUGAAGACGCCGCGAGGUUGUCCACCUCGUUCUUCAUCGAAACUUUCAUACACGCGAAAGAAAAGCCCACGAUGGUGUCGUGGGUGGAGCUAGUCACGAAGCAGUUCAACGCUUCGGCCGCCGCGUCAGAGUGGUUCCUCGGUCACAUGGCCGACGACACCUGGUGGCCUAUGCAAGUGUUAAUAAAAUGUCCGAAUCAAAUGGUCCGGCAGAUGUUUCAGAGGCUAUGCAUGCACGUCAUACAAAGGCUCAGAUCUAGUCAUUGUUCCCUAUACCUUCAAGGUAGUGAGGACGGGGAGGAUAACAGCAAGUUAGGCGAAGCCAGUUGUGUUACUAGGUUUAUAAGGAUGUUAUUAUCGUUGAUGGAAACCGGCGCGCGGUCGCACCUUCGGCACUUGACUGAAUACUUCAGUUUGUUGUAUGAGUUUAGCAAGAUGGGUGAGGAAGAAGGCAAAUUUAUGUUGAGAGUCAAUGCUAUCGCCAGCAUGGUGGACUUCUAUUUGGGACAGAACUCCACUUCGGUGGAGUCUCCAACUGAAGAAGCAAGCGGUAGCGGCAGCGGAAGUGGGAGCGGUAGCGGGAGCGGUGCGGCGGAAUCAGCGGGGGACAAGCUGCGGCCCGGGGCCCUGGACAAGAUGGUGGCGCUAGUGGCGGGCUUAGUGGAGAGGUCACGUGACACGCAGGGCGUAUUGACCCUGCAUGAACCCGAUGCCAGGGCGCUCUUGCAUACCAAGUCACAAUCUCACCCCGAGGUGUGUGCGCAGGGCUUCCCGUUCCUGUACCAGCAGACGCGCGACUGCCUCAACCUGCAGCAGACGCGGGCGCUGAUCUUCGCGCUGUGCCGCUGGAAUGAGCCGCUCGCGCAGAAGAUCGUCAAUAUGAUCUUCCAGGCCAUCGCUAAGCAUGCUGAGACGUGUGGAGCAUUUUUUAAGCUGCUGACGCUGCUGGCGGAGGGCAGCGGCGGCGGCGGCGGCGGCGGCGGGGGCGGUGGCGGCGGCGGGCUGCCGUGCUUCACGCAGCUGGUGCUGGCGCGGCUGUGGGACGUCGGCGACGCCUGCGUGCACGCCGCGCUCGAGUGGCUCGCCACGCAGGUGCCACGCAAUAAAGCAGCUCACGCAUGGGCCCUCCGCACUGCGGAACGUUGGGUGGAGCCCCAUCUGUUAGCCGCAAGCGCAGCGCGAGUGAGGGCCGCCGCAGCCCUACUGCUGGUGGCACUAGUACCGUCGCAACACUUCCGCGCGGGCUACGCGAGAGCGAGACAGCCGCAUCAUCCGCACCACGCGCAUCACGCGCACCACUUGGCGAAGUUGCCGGACUCUGCGCAUCAUACCUUGCAUCAAGUGUACACGAUGCUGUUGAGCAAGUUGAAGGCGGCGCGCAAGUACACCGACAUAGCGGUGCACGGCACCAUGAAGCUCACUGCGUACUUCGGCGUGAUGUCCUACUGCGUCGUCAGCAGGGUCGAGAAACUCAUGUUCGGUCAAUACUUCAACGACCUGUGGGACCUGUACCACCCGGCGAUAUCGGAGCCGUCAGUGGCCGUGCACCCCAACAAGCAAGCUCUGCUCACGUUCUGGCACGCCGUGUGUCUCGACUGCGGGGAAAAUGUCCAGCUGGCCGUGUCCAACCCUCGCGUCAUCAAGCACAUCGCCUUCAACUACAUUCUCGCGGACCACGACGACGGCGAAGUGGUGGCAUACAACCGCGCGAUGUUGCCUCCUUACUACUCGCUGCUGCGGCUGUGUUGCCGGCGGUCCAGUGCCUUCGCCCGCGCGCUGGCGCAGCACCAGAACAUACACUGGGCGUUCAGGAACAUAGCGCCGCACGCGCAUCUAUAUCAGGCCGCUGCUGAUGAGCUGCUAAGACUGGCGCGAGUGCUGGCGGCGCGCGGCGGUAACAGCAGCAGCAAUGCCGCCGCCACAACUUCUGACAACACGGACGCGCGCGAGGCCGCCGCUUUCCGACGGACCACACUAUCAGCAUACUUACAGGGUUUAAACGGACGUACAUGUUGGACGACGCUCAUAUCGGCGUUCUGUACACUCGUGGAGAACGAGGACGACAGAUUAUACGUAGUGUACAAUGGCGGGCUGCAGAUGACGUUUGAGGCAUUGCACAGUCUACACGCGGUUUACGUGGAGGGCGGGGGCGCGAACGGCGGCGGCGGGGGCUCCGCGGGUGCGGGCGGGGCGGUGCGCGGGGAGCUGAUCGCGGCGCUGCGCUGGGCGCGAGCGCUGCUGCGCACGCUGCGCAUCCGUCGCGACGCCAAGGAGGCGCGCGCGCUGCUGCUGGCCUGCAAGGACUGGCCGGAGUGCGCGCGCAGACUGCUGACCAUGCUCACCUUGCACCAUCGCCUGGCGCAUCUCCGCAGGGCUGCUCUGGGCGUGCUCCGCGAACUAGUGAUGAUCGGCGGCAGCGCAGCUCUAGGCGCGCUGGUGCCGCUGGCGGCGGGCGCGCACUGCGCGGCGCGGGGUGCGGGCGGGGCGGGGGGCGGAGCACCCACACGCGGCUCUCCGCGCGCGCGCGCGCACCUCCAUCUCUGUCGGCAGGUCGCCGCUGCUGCGCCCCCCCUCGCGCCCGUCUACAGACCCUAUCACAAGUUUAUUGACACGUGCUGCCGCGUGGCGCGCAGCCAGCGCUGCAUGUCGGAGCAGCUGGUGCUGCUGUCGGCGCUGUGCGCGCUCGAGGCGGUGCCGCUCAGGUUCAACUACUUCGCCGCCUUCUGGAACGAGGUGGCCGCCUGUCCGACUGACUCGAAACUAGAGGAGAUGCUGUUGGAAUGCAGCGUGGUGUCGGAAUACGUGGACGCGGUGUUACUGGACGAGCGGGACUCUCUGGAAGAUGGCGCCAUCUACCAGUUCCUGAGGCAUUACUACCCCAAGUUGGGCGGCACGGGCGGCGCCUCAGCAGCGGCUGAAGCGCUGGCGGAGGAGGUCUGCAGCGGGGCCGCGCGCGCACGCCUCAGCGCGCUGCUGUCGCCGCUGCGCGCGCUCGUCGUGCUGUGCGCGCGCCCGCCCCCCGCCCCCCUCGCGAGGGCUGUUGCGGCCGCCGCCAACGCUGUGCAGCAACGCUUGCAGAGGGCUAAUGAGGAAGAGUCGUCGGAGCCGGAGACGCCGGAGCCUGCGCAGACGCAGUCGCCGGCGAGCUCGCUGGACGAGCCGCUGGACGAGCUGGGCUCGCUCGACGAGCUCGACGACGAGCGCGACGCCGAGCCCCAGCGUCCGCCCAUACACUACCGCGCUCAGGUGUCGCUAGCGGCGCAGCAGCUGCUGUCGGGCGUGCAGCCGCCCGCGCCCUCGUAGGAGCGUCGCCCCGCCCCGCUCACCGCUCCGCUCGCCGCCCCGCUCGCCGCGGCGCUCGUGUUCGGGUCGCUCGCACUAGCAGUGAGAUACCUUGUUGAAUAUUUCAACGUUUGAACUGUACUUUGUUCGCUUUGUGCGUGAUUUUCACAAUCACAAACACUCCGAUUGGAGCUUUUGAAACUGGUGGUAUUACAUUUAAUUGUAACAUGAAUUCUAGUAGGAUAAUAAAAAAUGUUUUGACUAAUGAGUUUCUAAUCUCUUCAGUCACAUUAUAUUCACAUCGUAGCCAUAGAAAAAAAUAUAUAAAAUGUAUAUUUUUUCUUCUAAUUUUAAAU